AUGAGCCACGCACAAGAUCCAGCAGUCAGGACUGAUGGCCCAGGGGAGAGUGUAACACGACGCAGCGAGGACGAGCAUACCGACAAGAAACAACCAAGCACCGAGACGCCAGAUACAAUCACCCAUAUCAACAACAACCCUGCCAUCAUGACGGACCAACCGGCGGAUGCAGCAGCAGCAGGAGCAUGCAGAGUCUCAGACCCGUCAGCAGAAGAAGCACAAAAGGAGACCAUCCCGACACCAGCAAGAGACCAACAAGACGAGCCACACUCAGCCUUCAGCAAACACGAAAAGCGCUUCAUAGUGGUGAUGGUAACACUGGCUUCAUUCUUCUCCCCACUAUCAGGACAGAUCUACUACCCGGUGAUGCCGACGCUGGUAGAAAACUACCACCUUACGACCGCGCUGGUCAACCUCACCAUCACGACGUACAUGAUCCUGCAGGGCCUGGCGCCUAGUUUCAUGGGCACGUUCGCCGACACCGGCGGGCGGCGCCCGGCGUAUAUCCUCGCGUUCACGGUGUACACGGCUGCGAACAUUGGGCUCGCGCUGCAAGACAGCUUCGCGGCGCUGUUGGUGCUGCGCUGCGUGCAGAGCGCCGGCAGUAGUGGGACUGUGUCCUUUGGGUAUGGCGUUAUCGCCGACAUUGCCACGCCUGCUGAGCGCGGCACAUACAUUGGUCCCAUGGCGGCGGGGGUUAUGGUUGCUCCUGCAUUGGGGCCUGUGAUCGGUGGGCUGCUGGCGAAGUUUUUGGGGUGGCGCAGUGUCUUCUGGUUCCUGGUUAUCAUCAGUGGAGGGUAUCUGGUUCUCUUUAUAAUGACCAUGCCAGAGACAGCGCGCAAGAUUGUUGGAAAUGGCAGCGUCCCGCCGCGAGAGUGGUGGCGCAUGUCGUUGCUUCAGUACCUGGCUGCGCGACGACGAAACAAAAAAGACGAUGACAAGGGCGAGGGAGAAAACAAUGGCUCCGACGCGCCACAGCAACACCGGUCCACGCGAAUCUCGUUCCCGAACCCACUGAACUCCUUCGUCAUCUUGCUGGAGAAAGAUGCCAUCAUCAUCAUCUCGUACAUUGGACUAGUCAUGUUCUCAAACAUAGCACUGUUGACAUCUGUACCGAACCUGUUCGGCGGAUUAUAUGGAUUCAACGAGCUGCAGAUCGGCCUAUGCUUCAUCCCUCUAGGCAUCAGUGCCUGCAUCGGCGCCAUGGUAAACGGCAAGCUAGUCGACUACAACUACCGCCGGGUAGCACGCAAGCUCAACUUCCCCGUAGACAGGAAAAAGGGCGACGACCUACGCGCAUUCCCGAUCGAGCGCACGCGGCUCCAAACCGUCUUCCCGCUGAUGGCGCUCGGGAUUGCGGCCUACCUGCCAUACGGCUGGGUGCUGGAGCAGCGAGCUCCGCUAGCGGCGCCACUAAUUCUGCAGUUCAUCAUUGGGCUGUGUUUCAUUUCUUCGCUGAAUACGCUCAACACGUUGCUGGUGGAUCUCUUCUCGGACAGGGCGUCCACGGCGGCGGCAGCAUGCAAUCUGGUGCGGUGCUGGCUUGGAGCUGUCGGUGCGGCGGUGAUCGAUCAGAUGUUGAUGGGGAUGGGCUGGGGGUGGUGUUUUGGGUUUUUGGGGCUGUUGAUGGCAACGGCUUUGGCGUUGCUUUGGUUGGAGAAUGAGCGUGGGAUGCAUUGGCGGGAAGAGAGGCUGGCCAAGGCUGAAAAGAGGAAGAAUCAGAAGGAUGGGACUGUGCAAGUGUAG